AGAAUUUUUUAGGUUAUGUGAGAACUUUCUGUCAGUGUUUGUUUAUCAAAGAUUUAUUUGUUCUGAAAAUUAUUAAAACAAGAUGCAACAACGCGAAGAAAAACAACUAGAAUCCUCCUUAGAAUCCAUAAUUCAGCGCGUCAACGAUCUGAAAGCAUCCCUCGCUUCCAUGAUAUUUAAAAUCGAAAACGAGUACGAGUCGUUGAAUUGGCCGAAGUUUUUGGAUAAUUACGCACUAAUAUCGGGCCAGUUAAUUUCACUAUCGAAAGUCCUGAGUCAUGAAAAGUGUACAAACCUUAGAAAUCUCACCGUCCUACCUUUAAUGCUAUCGCCUGAAAGGGACGAGCAAUUAAUUCAGAUGACUGAAGGCAGAAUAACGACGUUCUCGCAUGACCUAGUUCCCGACUAUUUAAGAACCAAACUAGAACCGCUGGCUGAGAAAAAAAUGCUCCAAUUAGAACACAAGGCUCAGGGCUUACAAUACGACAACGCCCAGAAACAAAUAGCGGCCUAUCAGAAGGUAGUAACGCACGUUUGGGACAUAGUAAGCAAAGCCAGGGAAGAAUGGGAGGUUGAAGCCUCUUCCAGGGGAAACACUCAGCAAAACUCGAGCGUGGCAGACACCCACCUGCUGGUAGCGGCCGUAGGGAUGGGAAAAGGCCUUAAAAUGGGACCAAAUCCCAACGGUCAACCCAAUUCGACAUCAGGUGGCAUGAUGGUGGCGCCAGGCAGGCCUGGCGGACCCCCCGGACAGGGACCGAUACCCCCAAGCUCGCAGGCUAUGUCGAUGAGCAAGGCCCCAUCGGCUAUAAAAACUAAUAUAAAAAGUGCCGCCCAGAUGCAUCCGUAUAAUCGUUGAA